AUGAAGGACCAGUAUAAAAGGCAGCUCAAUUCCCAGCUCUCUCAUCCACUUCUCUUGCCUCAUUCUCCUUGGGAACCAGAUAUGUCCUGCUACAGUCAGUGUGUGCCAUGCCGGCCCUGCGGCCCCACCCCUCUGGCCAGCAGCUGCAAUGAGCCCUGUGUCAGGCAGUGCCAGAACUCCACCAUCGUCAUCGAGCCCUCUCCCGUGGUGGUGACCCUGCCCGGACCCAUCCUCAGCUCCUUCCCGCAGAACACUGUUGUGGGAUCCUCCACCUCCGCUGCUGUUGGCAGCAUCCUCAGCUCUGAGGGCGUGCCCAUCACCUCGGGAGGCUUUAACUUGUCUGGCUUUGGUAGUGGCUUCUGUGGCAGAAGGUGCCCGCCCUGCUAAAGCCGCUGGCCAUGGUCCUGGAGAAA